AUACCUUCCUGUACAGAGUGCGACAACAUUGUCUGAGGUAUUCAUACUCUGGAUAUUUGCUGCAUGGAAUGAAACACUGAACAAAGUGACAAGUACUACAACAGAUAAUCAUAGAAAGAGAACUGUGACACACAGAUCUGCAAAACAAUGGCACCACUAGGAGAAGAAAUGCCAUUGAUCAGAGGUGACCGGUCAUGGAGCCUUUCUUCAGACAAGUGCUAUGGGCUUCAGAUUUACCUGUAUCAUUGUGUCAACCCCUCUAGAGAAGCAGAACAUCUUUUAAGUUUCCCCUACGGAGAGCAUACAGCUGAAGAGCUAUGCAUUGCAGCAGCAAAGGCUUGUGGUAUUCUUCCAGUGUACCAUGGGCUAUUUGCUUUGGCAACAGAAGAUCUUACUGGCUGGUAUCCUCCCAACCACGUAUUUAAUAUAGACGUAUCAGAAAGCCAGCUCAUAGUCUACAGAGUUAGAUAUUUUUUCCCAAAUUGGUUUGGACAAGAAAACAAAAAAUCGUAUCGGUAUGCUCUUACAAAGGACAAAACAAAUACUGUUUGGGACUACGCCGUAAUUGAUUAUCUCUUUGCACAGGCCCGUUCUGACUUCAUCUGUGGAAGGAAUACUAUGUCAAUGAGCCUGAAAAUGCAGGAAGAGUGCCUUGGCUUGGCAGUCCUGGAUAUCCUGAGGAUUGCCUUAGAGACAAAAAAGAGCCUUAAUGAAAUUUUCAGAAGUGUCAGCUACAAGUCCUGCAUUCCUGAACAUUUCCGACAUCAGAUUCAAAAGCACAACUUUUUGACCCGCAAGCGGAUUCGAAGCAAGAUCCAGAAGUCCUUGCAGAAGAUCAGUCACUGUCAGACAGACAGUCGCUGCUUAAAACUCAAAUACUUGAUUGACAUUGAAAGCCUAGAAGAUUCCUUUGGAACUGAGACCUUCCUUGUCAAGCAGCCUUCAUCUGCCAUGAGGGGUGAAGUGGUCUAUAAACAUAUCUCAGUUUCUGGAGCUAAUGGCAUCCAGUCUUCUUUAAACGGCUCUGAGCAAUGGCAACCCUUCUGUGAUUUUCAUGAGAUUGUGGAUGUCAGUAUAAAGCAGGCAAGUCAUGACAUGACAAUAGAGAGUCGAAUUGUCACCAUUGCCAAACAGGACAACAAGAGUAUGGAAGCAGAAUUUGCUACACUGAAGGAGGCCCUAUCCUUUGUCUCUCUGAUUGAUGGAUAUUACAGGCUAACAUGUGACGCACAUCACUAUUUCUGCAAAGAGGUCGCACCACCCAAGUUAUUGGAAAAUAUCGAGAAUCAGUGCCAUGGACCCAUAAUGUCUGAGUUUGCUGUCCACAAAUUGAAGAAGGCUGGAAACACCCCUGGACAGUACAUACUCCGCUGCAGCCCACAGGAGUUCGACAGAUACUUUGUUACAAUUGUUGUUUGGACACCAUUCGGUAUAGACUACAAGGACUGCCUCAUCAGGAAGGACACAACGUACUCACUGGCUGGAGUACACAGGCAGUUUGAUAGUCUGAAGGAGUUGCUGAGGUACUAUGAGAACACAAGUCUGCAUGCUGAUGGCGUCACCAUUCAAAUGAACUCCUGCAUCCCUCCAAGGCCCAAAGAAAAGUCCAACUUGAUCAUUAUAAGAAGCAACUGUUCAGAUGUCUUGCUGUCCCCAUCAGUGCACUGCAGAAACUUUAACCAGAUGGUUUUCCAUACUGUUCAAAAGGAGCAACUCCACCAGGAGGAGAGCCUUGGUCAGGGAUCCUUCACUAAAAUUUACAAAGGAUUAAAGAUCGAUUGGGAGGAUGAAGAACCCAUUAAGACCCCUGUUCUCCUGAAGAUCCUGGACAGUGCUCAUAAGAACUACUCUGGGUCUUUUUUUGAAGCAGCGAGUAUGAUGAGCCAAGUGUCACACACUCACCUGAUUCUCGUUCAUGGGAUCUGUGUCGGGAUAGAAAAUGUUAUGGUGCAAGAAUACGUGAAGUAUGGAGCCUUGGACAUUUAUCUGAAGAAAAAUAAAAACACAGCCUCUGUGACAACUAGUUGGAAACUAGAAGUCACCAAGCAAGCUGCCUAUGCUCUUAGUUUUCUAGAAGACAAAAAUAUUAUCCACGGCAAUGUUUGUGCCAAGAAUAUUCUGCUGGCCAGAGAGGGAGAUCCUGAAAAUGGUAGCCCUCCAUUUAUUAAGCUGAGUGAUCCUGGAAUCAGUAUUACUGUCUUAGCAAAAGAAAUUUGCAUAGAUCGCAUUCCGUGGAUAGCUCCUGAAUGUAUCGAUGACCCAAAGAACCUGGCUUUGGAAUGCGAUAAGUGGAGUUUUGGGACAACAUUAUGGGAGAUUUUCAGCAGUGGGGAUUUACCACUCAGUUCACUGGAGCCUUUAAGGAAGCUUCAGUUUUACAGAGAUCGCCUGCAGCUCCCAGCUCCUAAAUGGACUGAACUGGCUAACCUUAUUAACCAGUGCAUGGAAUACAACCCUUACAUGCGUCCUUCCUUCCGAGCCAUUAUCCGAGAUCUGAACAGCCUCAUUACGUCAGAUUAUGAGCUGCUUUCUGACCCAUCACCAAGUGACAUGACUACUACUUUCUGGCAUUUCAUCAGUGUGUCCACACAGCGGGAUCCUACACUCUUUGAGGAGCGUCACCUUAAAUUCAUCUCUAUGCUUGGCAAGGGUAAUUUUGGGAGUGUGGAACUGUGUCGCUAUGAUCCACUGGGAGACAACACCGGAGACCUUGUUGCUGUUAAGAAACUGCAGCACAGCACAACCGAGCACAUGAGAGCCUUUGAGAGAGAGAUUGAAAUACUGAAAUCCCUUCACAAUGACUUCAUUGUCAAGUAUAAAGGUGUUUGCUACAGUGUGGGACGCAGAAAUUUACGUUUGAUCAUGGAGUAUUUGCCAAAUGGAAGUUUGCGGGAUUACCUACAGAAGAACAAAGAGCACCUUGAUCAUAAUAAGUUGCUGCUGUAUGCUGUUCAGAUCUGCAAGGGAAUGGAGUAUCUGGGCUGUAAUCGGUACGUCCACAGAGACCUAGCUACAAGAAACAUUCUAGUUGUCAAUGAUGUACAUGUUAAAAUUGGCGAUUUUGGUCUUGCUAAGAUUCUGCCACAGGAUAAAGAGUACUAUAAAGUUCGAGAACCUGGAGAGAGUCCCAUUUUUUGGUAUGCACCAGAGUCUCUGUCUGACAACAAAUUUUCCCGGGAAUCAGACAUCUGGAGUUUCGGAGUUGUUCUUUAUGAACUCUUCACAUAUAAUGAAAAACGAAGGAGCCCUCCCAUUGAGUUUCUGAGAAUGAUGGGCUUUGAGAAGCAAAUCCAGAUCGUAACUAAUUUACUGGAACUUUUGAAAAGUAACCAACGACUCCCAACUCCUGCAGGCUGUCCAGUUGAGGUUUACAGUCUAAUGAUGAAUUGUUGGAGUUAUAAUCCAGAACAAAGACCCAAGUUUGGUGACCUGACUCAAAAGAUUGAGAACAUACAAGAAAGCCAAAACAAUGCCAAAGGAUAAAGACCCAGAGAGAGAAAGAGACAGAGAGAGAAAGAGAGAAGAGAGUGAGAUAGAAAACGCAGACAGUAAAGAUGAGCCUCCUAGAAUUACAUUCGAUCCAGUUAAUCGUAAGAUUGGCCAUGAGUGCCUGGAUCUUAUUUGGGCAGGAUAUAUCUAGGAUAAACAAACGAGAUGCAUAACUUCUCAUUAUUUACUGAGGAAAUUGACAUGUUACUCCAUCAUCAGUCAAUGUAGGCAGUAAUCGUUCUUUCAUGUAUAGCAUCUAAAAAUCUUUAGGCAAUCAUACUUACAAUCACAUAAGGACUUCUACUGUCUAAUGUCUAAUAAUUGGAAUGGACAUAUAUUUUAUAUGACAAUUUAAACACAUCUGCCAGCUGUAUAAUGACAGGGUAGGCUCAGUUACAUUGGGAAGUAAAAAGGACUAAGGCUCUAUCAUGCCAGUUCUUAGAGCAGACAGAAGUUUCUACAUCUAACACUCAGCAAAAAUACAGAAGGUUUGCCAAGUUCUCAUGUGUGUAGCUGCAGAGUAUAUUUCAAGUAUAAUGAUGAGGGAACUCACAAUUAUUACUAUCUCGAAUCACCCACUGCUACUUGAGGAACUGAGACACCAUAACGUUUUGCUGUAACUCAAAUUCAAAAUACACUGCACAGCUGUUCCUAGGAGAUCUUGGAAUACUUUCCAUAUAUUUGCUGAAUAAAUAUACUAGUCAUUGCUCCAUACAAUGGUGGUAUUAAAAUUGAACUCCAAACCAAAUGUCAUCCGUAUUGAUGCUGACCCACUCUCUGAGCCAAGCAACAAUUCAAAAGAUAGACUUCAUUCAGAAGACAUACAUUCUAAAGCUAAGCCACACCUAACACCAAGAAAGGUUGUAGGCUCAGACAGUAUUUCAAGCAAAAAAACAGUCCAGUGCUGGACUUUUUACAUGAACUAGACAUUCUGAAGUAUAUUAAUUGUCCAAGGAUUAUGGGUCACAAAGGUGAUAUUCAGUUCAAACAUAAAUAUUCUUAAUGAUCUCUAUAUAUAGUCCAAAGAACAAAGGUCCGAGUGCUGGACCCAGUUCUUGUACUACACAUUAUUUAGGAAAUCAGUAGUUUAAAAACUACAAUUCACCCAGGUAGACCUUGAUUCAAGCCUCCUGCUCCUGAAGUUGUUACAGACUUUGCUUCACAGAUUUAAACAAAGGAGCAUGCAAACAAACACUGCCAUCUUAAAGGAAAAUAUUUCUUCAAACAUCAAAACACUUGAUUGCAGUCAACAGUCUUUGCAAAAUGAUCUCAAAGACAAUAUUCAGUGUACCACAAAUCCCAAAUAAAAACCUCAAUUCUAGCUGCUCAUUUGAUUGAAGUAGUUCAUAUUUCUAAUGUUGCAGGUCACAGUAAUAGACCUCACAUCUCAUUACAGGAGCCAUGAAGGCAAGCUAUACUCAGAGCACCAUCAAAGGUAGACUAAGCCUGAAGCAAGGUAUAUCUCUUAAGACAUACUGCAUUAGCAAAACUACAGGUUCUAAUGAUCGGAUAAAUAUUUAAUGAUGCAUUUCAUAAAAAAGGUUGACAACAAUCUGAAAUAUCUGUACUCCUAAAGGCUGAUGUCAUUUAGGUGACAUUAAUUCUAAAGGAAGCACCUCAUAUUCUGUAUGCAUACAUUCCAAAUAAAAGUAGUUUCAAAUGUAAAUUAGAGUCAUAGUAUCAAUGAUAAAAAUAGACAAUUUUUCAAGCAGUACAAGUUUCAUUAUAGUGACAUAUGUAUUCAAAUGCAACCCAUACCUUAAGCACCUCCAGUCCCUAAUAUUAAAGUAACACAGGUCUCAAAUGGGGCACACCAGGAACAGUGCAUUUCACGCAAAAAUGUAUUAUCACUAUAAUAUGUUUCCAGAGAGGACCAUGAUGUGCAUACACUCACACACACCUAGUGUGUUUAUAUUAUAUUCAUGAGAAAUUGAAGAGCAGACCAUGAGGCUUGAUCCAAGGAACUGAAACAGUUGUCCCAUAUUCUACUAAGAUAUUCGGAAUAAGGAGGGUUACUGGAGAGCAGGAACAGGAUUACUGUAGAGCAGGAGGGUUACCGUAGAGCAGGUCUGUUUUUUUUUUUUUUUUUUUU